AUGGAAGAUGUUAAUGAUAGAGACGAAGGAUGGGCUUGGAUUGUUUUAUUAGCAGCCUGUAUGAAUAUUCUCUUAGGAUCAGGUUUAGCUUUUAUCGGUGGAAUGUUUCAAGCUGUGUUUUUAGAACAAUUUAAAGAAAGUGUUGCUUAUACAGCUUGGGUUACUGCUUUAUUCUCAUCUCUCUUACAACUCACAGGUCCUUUAUCUAGCUUAGUAGCCAAUUAUUUGUCAUGUAGAUCUUCCGUUAUGAUAGGAUCUGCACUGCUAUCAUUUGGCCUUGUAUUGAGUAGUUUUGCAAAUAGUAUUGGAGUUUUAAUGACAACUUAUGGUGUUAUUGCAGGUAUUGGACUAGGCAUGACCUAUACACCAUCGAUAGUCAUAACGAAUUACUAUUUCCACAAGAAGCGAAAUAUAAUGACUGGAGUAGUAAUGGCAUCUGGUGGAAUUGGUAUCUUCAUUAUGCCUCUUUUGAACAGGUAUUUACUAGACGUUUAUAGUUGGAGAGAAACAUUGGUUAUAUUUGCUGGCAUCUCAGCUCAAUUGUGUAUUUGUGGAGCCUUGAUGUUUCCCUUACAUGAGUUUCAGAACAACAUGUGUAUAACGAGUAAACUCCCUUGUUGCAAAACCGAAAGUCAGAAAAAUAGCUACAUCACUGAGAACGAGGCAGUUUUACAUCCGUCUGUAAAGGGAAAUGUUGACUUGACUCCAGUCAAUACCUCAGAACACUUCAAACAACCCAACCCCUUAUUGAAACCACAGAAUGACAUUAGUUCUACAGAUUCUAAUAGCUCGUUUGUGUCCAGAAAAUCCAAAUGGAAAAAUUCAAAUGGUUCUAUUUUGUUUAAUAGUCAACUUUUUCUCUCUGACUACAAAAGAACACACGAAAGUGAAGAAAAAGCAACUUCAUAUUUUGAUGGUUCUAACAAAUUUAGUUUCCUUUGGAAUAAACCAUUCUUGGCAGUAUGUGUAAAUCUAUUGCUAACGAAUGCUAUGUAUGGUGCGAUCGCUAUUCAUUAUCCAUUAUGGUGCCAAACUCAAGGAGCCACUGAAAAGGAAGUAUCCUUCUUCUUAGCUUUUAGUGGACCCGGUGUCACUAUCUCACGAUUACUUGUUGGUGCGUUUGCAAAUGUCAAAAAUAUUGACUAUUUAUCUAUUUAUUGUGGUUUGCGGAUGUUUGGUGGUGUGUUGAUUUGUUUAAUACCUCUUUAUGGAUAUAGUCAGACUAUAGGAGCUACCGUAAUUAUGAUAAUAUCACUCUAUAUCGCUGGCUUAGACUCUUUAAAUGCUGGGGUGACCAUCGACUGUGUAGGUUUGGAUCAGCUGGCUUCAGCGUUUGGUGUGGAGAUGGUCUGUGCUGGACUUGGGUAUUUAGUUAUGCCUCCAAUUGUAGGGGCGCAAGCUCUUGGAUCUGUGGCAAAAGCAGGAGUAAAUAUAAGCGAUGCAGUGAAAAAAUCUGACGAACUUAAAGAACUGCAGCUAAUAAGAGAACUAAGAAACAAGAGACUAGAACGACAAGCCCUAGAAAAACAAGGAAAAGGGUUUAAAAUCAUUGGAUAA